UGAGCUCGCUGCGAGUUGACGAUUCCUGGACAUUGGAUGGCCACAAUGUCUUUCGCUCAGGCCACGAAACAGCGCAGACGAUAAGCAAGAUAUCAUCGCGCACAAUCUUGUGUGCGGGUCUCCCAUGAUCGACAUCGCAGAACAGACAUCAUGGUGCCAGCGUCCAGACAGCGCCAAGAAGUGCGGGGGCAGCAUAUGCAAAGUCGUUGACAGAUAAAGGUGGCCAUUGUCAGGAAGGGUGAAAACAACUCACGCUCGAAAGCUGGCGCGUUCGAGCCGUCGUUAGUGCAAAUCCAGCGAAAAGAUAGCGAUCACCCAGCAUUCGUGCAGAACGGCAGCAAAGCGGCUCAGGACAGUUCACGCCUUGCACCUUCACAGAGAGUCCAAACAGACCAGGAAAAAGACAGAGGCUAUCUGCGUGCUUGACUCAAACUUGGUGUAGUAGUGAAAGUCGCAAGUGUAUAUGCAUACUCAAGCCCACCCGCCGAUAGUCUUCGGAUAAGAGUCACUUCGGAUUAAUAGUACUGAACUUCACUGGGCAUCCGUGAGGUCAACAGGCUUCGAGACCACGGUAGGUCUGCAAGUCGCCUGUGCGUGAGUGAUACGGAACUCGACCGUGAAAGAAAAACGUACUGCAGGAAACAAGAACUUUAUGUCAAGUGAAGAUGUUUCCAUAAAUUGACGGACGAGGACGUGCGCAUUUAGAUAGUUCGAGCUCUGUCAUACCCUCCGACCACUCUGCAUGUUACAAGCCGGUGAAUCAAAUUUGAAGUUCAGCUCAUCUAAAGAAAACUGGUGGAACCAGUCUGAACCAGUGGAGACUUUUUAAAUAAUUCCUCAAUAGUCCAUGAUCGUUGAAGUCUGCUCGCCUCCACCAAAACUACCAUUAUUCAUAUACGUGGAGGUCUUGAGGUAUUACUGCACUACUCAUAUUCUUCUAUACCUGUGGGUCACCAGAAGCACUUAACAGGGACUAUAUCGACGGUGAAAAUCUCUCCAGGAGCGAAUACGAAACCGACGACGCUUCUGCUCCUGCCGAGUACAACCGGGACAAAGCUCCAGGAAGUGCCACCAUCACGCACUUGUAAGUCGUCGGAGUAAGUUCAAAACGACAAGCACGCGUCCUAGAGCCGUUAAGAAGCAACCGUCGCCAUGGCAACAACCACUGCCGGUAGUAUCCUCCAAGCACCUUCCACAGCGGAGACAACAACGGUCACCUUCGUCCCGGCCGAAGAACGAGACCUGACGUCAACGACCCGCAUGGAGUGCUGGUUGGCUAGCACCGGCAUCCUCAUGUCUUCUGUAGGCUUCUUCUGCGUCUGUCUCGGCCUCUCGUAUCGGUUCCUGGUUGUGACCCUGGUGGGCUACGUAAUGGCACCCGUGGGCGUCGUCGUCUUCGUGGCGUUCCUCUUCCUCUACCAGACGAGCCGCCGGCUUAAGUGCCAGGCGGCAGCGGAAGACACUGCGCCGUGGAAGUACGACAGAGUCAACAGCGACCAACUCGAUCCCCGAGACAUGCCGUUGGUGGCGGUGCGCACAACGAAUGGUUUCAAGACAGUAGUCGCGACUGAGCCCAUGGUGCCGUGUGCACCAGACGUCGUCGCCGGAAGUGUGAACGGCCUUCGGGACAGUCACGUGUGAAGCUUGGUGUAGCCUGUGAAAUCAUUUCCGCGUCUUUUGCGAUUGAAAAGCUCGUGUUCGCUUUGUCCCAAUUGUGUAGGCCAGUGCACGCGCGACCGGAACUCUUUCGAUUAAUCUAAAAACCAAGGGUUCAUGAUGAACUCCCGGUGCGUGUAAAGGUAUCAUAAAGACCGUGUCUGAUCCUACAGACUUACCGUGAAUACAUCGGAUGGCUAUAGAACUCUGCCCCCGAUGAGACUGAGAAGUGGCAGGAUCAAUUCCUGGCAACGGGGACCAAAUUCCUGUGAUCGUGAAGUCUAAAAACAUUCCGCCAGCGUGCUAUGCGUACACUUUCAAGGACGUCAAGUAGUCGAAGUUAAUACAGUGUUCUUCAUUACCGCACCUCUCAUUGGUGACUCGCGUGGAUUGAGGAGGUUAAUGCCCAGUAGUGAAUCGCUGAGUAAGUUAACCAAUCAAACCCUACCGGAUUUCCAAAUGCUGGUAGUACCAAACGAGCAGAGCUUCGACUAACUCCAAUCAUUAUCGUCUCAAUUGCUUAAUGUUACAGAACGUUGUGAACUAUACAAGCCGCACUGUCAGAGAUCUCCCUUAGGCCUCGCCUAUUUGUGCCUGGAGUCGUGGCGCUUGUAAGUUGUGACAUUGUAGAACGCAGAAAUGUACACCAAAAGAGCCCCACCAUGCAGUUCAGAGGUAACUCCGGUCGCGCGGGCAUUGUGCUGUACGCCGUUGCCAGAGGUUGUAGCAUCAACGUUGCUGAUUGAGAUUGUGUUGGUGCUAGAGGUAAUACUCAUUUCAAAUACAGCAGAACAAAAUAAAAAGUGGGCCUUCAAUGAAGUCUCAGUAUGCUUUUGUGUACCUGCAAGAUUUGCCUGAGAUGCUUAAAUGCCCACUUUGGCGCAAAUGAAGAAAGGUUGUCCUUGCUACAUGUUUCAUAACCAGUGGAAGAGAGAGAAAGAAACAAGUUUA